AUGGCUGGCAUCAGGUGUGGACUGGCAGGAUUCUUCGCAGUGCUGCUUGUGAUCGGUGCUACACUUGGCUUCAUCCAAAUCUUCGGUCUUUGGACAUGGGAGGCUUGGAGGGAGCUCUACGCAUCGGAGGUGUUGCUAUGGUUUGUUUUCCUGGUCCUGUCACUCUUCGUGGCCAAAGUCCUUGCCACAGUAGUCCAUGUGACAAUCACAUUCUGCAAAAUCUGGGAGUAUCGGAGUCUGAUCCAUACUGCUGUCCACGACCAGGACCGAACUUGCCCUGGCAAAGUGCGGAAGGUGCUGAUUUGCCACGCAUCGGUUGGUUCUGGCCAUUCCAGGGCCGCACAGGCUUUGGCUUCUGCGUUGCACCGAUUGGAUGACUCGGUUGAAGUACGGGUCGUGGAUCUGAUGGAGCCGCCUUAUGCUGAUCGCACACUGAUCUACUUCUACAAAGACUGGUACUUGCGACUGGUUGGAGGUGAGACCGUUUGUGGAAAUCUUGGAGGGCUUUUUGUCGGCUUCCUCUUCGACCGUGCAAACAAUGUCCACGAUUCCUUCACCGGCGGCAGUGCGCUGCAACGUCGCAUUACACAAAGCUUCCUGCUCAACUUCAUGCAGCUCCUGUGUGAGACAAAGCCAGACGUCGUGGUGCACACGCACUUCUUGGCUCCGGAGCUUGUGGCUUCUCUUCGACGAAGGCAUGGGCUAAAAAUCCCGCAGGUGACUGUGGUCACCGACAUGGACGUGCAUGCUUGGUGGUAUCAGCAGCCGACGGACCACUACUUCGUGCCAAGAGAAAACGCCAAGUUUCAACUUGAAGCUGAUGGAGUUCCAGGAGAAGAUAUCACCAUAAGUGGGAUACCGAUUAUGCCCCAGUUCAAGGAUACCCUCGACUCUGUGAGCAGUCUCAGCAGAGAUGGGCGCAGACGACGUUUCCUGAACCAGAUGGACGCGCCAAUGCACGAAGCUUUCCUGCCAGUUGCUGAUAUGCCUGUCAUCGUUCAAAUGUCGACCGGCAGGAACAUGAUGGAAAGUGACUUGAAAGUGAAAGUAGAAGCCACGGGUGGACAGCUUGUACGGUUGCAAAAAGUGGAUGUUCCAGAUCGGUGGGAGGCUUGGGUGCAGCGCCUCCAUGAUGCCGUCCUUAAGCAACCCCCAGAGACCUCAGAACAGAGGAGCCUUGUUGAGGCCGGGAGGCCUGAUAACCUCGGAGGCGAUGGCAUGCAGCUUGAUGAUGGCAAGCCCCUCUGUCUGGUAGUCGUUGACCCAUAUCCUGGGCAAGAAGAGAGAAAUGCAUCCAUGCUGCUGGAGGAAGGGGCAGGCAUAUGGAUAUGGGACUAUCGAGACCUCUCGUUCAGGUUGGAUCGCAUUUUAUCUACGCCGCCGGAGGACAUAUUUUCCUUGAACUGGUACAGGCGGAAUGCGCAACGGCUUGCGAAACCCGAAGCUGCACUCAAGAUUGCGCGGUAUGUAUUGAGUGACGCUCCGCGACAGCGGAUGAUGCAAGAGGAGUUCGAGCUUGACGUUAGCUCCGGCGACUCACCUCCCACAAAUAGUCAGGGCAGCUGGUCAGUGUUUGAUUAUUCUGAUGAGUGCGUUGACCGCAGGGGCCGCCGCUCCAGUCACCCGAGACGUCUUCGAUUAAGCGACUUUAAGGACAUGAAGGCACUGGAUUCAAAUGCCGUGCCUCACGAAGACAGUGACUGCAGCGAUGAUGUCAGUGAGAACGGGCUCUCAGUGCAGGUGCAAGAGGACUAG